UGGGGGAAAACGUACCCCCUCGCAACCCCACUGGCAUAUCUGGUUCUUACAAAUCUAGCAUUGGUUCUAUCUCUCGAAGCUUGAAUUGUUUCGCAACGCUCAUACCCUGUAUACUUACUUAUACUCUUUUAUACAAGCUCAUUCUGACCCUGCCUGUCCUCGUUGUUUAUUUGCUGCCAAGUGAUUACAGCCAAUCAAUUGACCUACCUACCUUAUCUUUAUCUUAUAUUUUGCCCAGAAUUUAGUCUCAGACAAGGCAAUCAUGGCUCCCGAAGAGAAACAAGUUCAGAGGUGGCAGACCGUGCAGGAUGGUGUCGACAAGCUCUGGUUGGAGCAGGCACCUGUGACCACUCCUGGCAAGGACGAGGUUCUCGUCGAGAUCCGUGCCGUCUCACUCAACUACCGUGACACCGAAGUGGUCAACGGUCUGUACAAGCACCACAAGAGCCUCCAGGACAAGAAACCAGACCCCCUAACCCCCUGCUCCGACAUGUGCGGCGUCGUGACGGCCGUCGGCCCCGACCUGACCGUCCCCUGGAAGGUGGGCGACCGGGUCCUGUCCACCUUUACCCAGUCCCACCUGUCUGGCCAGAUCAAGGAGGAGCACAUGGCCACGGGCAUGGGCUUCCCGCUCGACGGCGUGCUGCAGACCCAGCGCGUCUUUCCCAGCACUGGCCUCGUCAAGGCGCCGGAUUCUCUGAGCGACGAGGAGGCGUCCUGCCUACCCAUCGCUGCCGUCACGGCCUGGAUGGCGCUGUUUUGGCAGGAGCCGCUGCGUGAGUUUCCGGAUCUGUCGGGCAAGGUCGUGGUCGUGCAGGGGACGGGCGGGGUUAGCAUCUCCGGCAUGCAGAUUGCAAAGGCUGCUGGCGCUACUACAAUCGUGACAUCCUCUUCCGACGACAAACUCCAAAAGGCCAAAGCCCUCGGCGCAGACCACCUGAUCAACUACCGCACGACCCCAGAGUGGCAGGACGAAGUCAUGAAGCUGACGGCCGGCCGCGGCGCCGACGUCAUCUUUGAGUGCGGCGGCGCCGACACCCUGCACCGGUCGCUGCAGUGCGUGGCCUUUGGCGGCCUCGUCAGCUGCAUCGGCUACCUCUCGGGCAAGCAGGACAAGUCGGUCGAGGGCAGGCCGCACUUUAACCUGCUGGCGCUGUCGCGGAACGUCACGGUCAAGGGUCUCAUCAACGGGCCGAGGGAUAGGUUCGAGGACGUUGUGGCGUUCUACGACAAGCAUGGCAUCAAGCCAGUCGUGGAUCGGGUGUUUGGGUUCGAGGAGGGGAGGGCUGCGUUGGAGUAUUUGAUGAGUGGAGGGCAUUUUGGAAAGGUUGUUGUCAAGAUUUCUGGUUGAGUGGUGUGCUGUUAUAAUUUUAGUAGUCCGCAAAUACUAACCGGUCUCUAUAUGAGCCUGCGCAGCUGUUCGACCAAGUUAUAAGUUGGAAACCGCC